GACGUCAUAUGUUUACAUACAGAGAACAAGGAGCUGGUUUGUCGUCGCAGUGCCUCUGACCAGAGCUCGGCUCGUGUCUUUUAACGCGCAAACAAUGGCAACAGAUAUCGAGACCCUCGCCUCUUUCGAAGAGGAACACUAUGACCAGUACGAGUAUUAUAACCUGAUUGAAUUCUCCUGCCACGCAGGCGGCAAAGGGAGAACGAAGAGAGAGAUCGGGCUGCAUACCAACCGCCAUUGCCCUGCUGGUCACGAACGGAAGAUCGCGGAGAAGUUUCACAACAGCGAGUUAAAGCGAAGGAGAUCCAAAAGCACGUCUUCUUAACAGGCGGAUCGAAGGUUUUCCCUUUACACAGAUCUGGAUUUACGGACCCAAAACUUAAGACACGGCUGACCAGUGUUCCCUUGAAUGUGGCUCAGCGUGUCUGGAGUUCUCUUCGUCCCUGAGAAUGGAGACCGAGUAUUGCGAUAUGUGCUUUGAUGCCUGUCAGGGCCGCCUUAGGGUUUCUCUUAACUGUAGACCCUCAAUGAGGUUUUUAACCGUCAUGUUACUGUGAGUGCAAUGCUAUUUGUAUGCAGCACUUUUCUGAAAAGGUUUAUAAUAAAACUUUGACCUCUGGUGUGAGAAUAUCCCAGGAUUUGACCUCUGCUUGUUGUGUAUUCCACACUUCAUGGCUGAUCUUUGUUGUAUGUGCACAAUAAAGUCAGAAACUAUUGAUCUUA